UUUGUGAGCAGCAAGCGAAAGCAGCAGUGUUGCACUUGACUCUUAACGCUCUAACAUGAAACUUAUCACUAUUUUUCAACCAAUUUAUCCGUAUUUAACCGUGUUUUUAUUUAUUUAUUUAUUUUUAUAGAUUUUUGUGUUUUGUGGGUGCUUUUGGGUUCGUCGUUUUAUGUUUGUGAUACGACCAAUUCUAUUGACUGAUUUCAGUUAAGCGCUUUAAGCGCCCAAAUUGUGUAUGUGUGUUGUGAAACAAUAAAAUUGAAUAGACAGAUCCAGAAGAAACAAGAACGAAUCCAUUGCAAAAAAAAGAAGAAAAGAUUCUUUGUGGACUGGUGGUGUUUACUGUUAAAUUUUCUGUUAAUCUAUUCAUCGAACGUGCUUCAGAGAUUUUCGUGCAUAAUUUCAGCCAGUGUGUGUAAUGGUAGUACAGUACGGUACGCCCAACUAAUAUAACAGUGGAUAUUGAGAAAAAAGACUGAGAAGGAAAAAAAAUGUAAGAAAACACGUUCAAUUUUGUGUGCACAUAAGAAAAAUGUUAAGGCUUUUAUUUAACGUUUUUCUUCGUUUUUUUUUUGCAAAACUGUGCACGAGAGAGCAAAAGCAAAUCAUAUUGAACGCGUGCGCGCUCUCUGCAGAAUGUCAAAACAAAAUUCCACAACAAGUUUGUGAACUAAUCAUCAUCGUUUAAUGUGGUGCUGAAUGUCAUUUUUGUGGACAUGGAAAUAUACGCGAAACAACAACAACAAACACACCAAAUAUAAAGAGAGAUAAGGAAAAAAAAUGUGCGCACGCAUCACGCCGCCGCACAAAAUCCGAGACAACAUGAAGUGAGCGAAAAAUGCUGGACAGUAGAAAAAAGCAACAAAAACAACAACAAAACAAACGAAAACUGUUAAUAAAAGUUGAUUAAACUGUUGAUUAGCUUUUGGUACAGGCCCCACAGUUCUUUUUUUCUUCUUUUCAUGAUGAGUUGAAUCGUCAACCAAACGGCGACAUUUAUUAUUUACUGAUACACUUUAGACGAUGUGGCGGUCAUUCUAAUGCAAAUUUCAUUCGGUAAAAUUUAUAUCGAAUGCUUUAAGUUUGAUAAGACAAAGAUGAACAAACAAACAAAAUAAUAAUAAAUAGUCAACACAUAACGAUGAAAUAGCAAACUAAAAGAACUGAACCGGUUCCAUGGCGAUGACGGUUGGUCAUUCGAUACACGACAAAAUCACCAAAAUUGAGCUAUUUCUUUGUUGCUGUUCAUUUUGAAAGAAAAUGUUUCACUGAAUUCAGUGUCGAAUUAAUUGCCUUUUGACAAAAAUAAUCGAUCAAAAUUAAAAGCUUUACACUUUCUCAUCGAAAAGUUGAUCCAAUCUCUGUGCGACGCUUUUUUUUCUUCGUCUUCCUUUAACGGUGCAUCAUUCCAUUGGCUAUAUUUUCAACUGAAGAAAGCUAAAUAAAAACAACAACAACAACUAAAAUCACAUCGGGCAUAUUUUCGCGUCCCGACAACAGAAUUCUUGCACCAAAAAUUAAACUUGAUUUUUUGUUUGUUUGGGAAAUCGGCUUUCAACAUGCGUAGCAUUCUUUCACGCUUCAUCAAAUGGUUGGAUUGUGCGCGCGGGCGGGCGGGCGCGCUUUUCCAUCGUCCAGUGAUACGAAAAUCGAUUCUUCAAAAAUUACCAACAACAAUAACAACAACAUGAACGAAAAAAUAGAAGUAACAACAGUUGCCAAUUGAAAUAACACACACAGAAACAUGCAUGACACACUUCAAUCGGCAUUAAAUUGCGCCCAAAUUAUUCGAUUGCCGUGCAAAUUGCGAAAGAUUUACGUGUCGAUCAAACAGAAGUGAGGCGACCUCAAGCCACCCCCUCAGAAAAAAGUAAUUAUUAUGCGCUUGUUCAAAAGUCGAAAGUCAGGUGAAUACAGUGACGUUUCAUCGGUAGUGGCCAAUGAAAAUGAUCCACAUGUUAAAAUUGUGAGUUGCAAUUCGCAACAAGAAUUUCAUAACGACGCAAAUAAUAUAGAAAACGGAAGCGCCGCCGACAACAACCAAUCACAACAGCAACAACAACAACCAGAUGCCAAUGAUAAUUCGACAAAUGGCUUUUUGGAUGAACAAAAAAAGCAGCUACACAUUCAUCAUAAUAAUAUUCCAUAUAGUUUGAAGUCAAGUGAUAACGGUUGCAACGAUAAAUUUACACCCAUUCCGGAUUGCGAUCAAAUUGAUGAAUCGACCAACAUUUAUGAAGACACUUCUUCAGACAAUUCGUCGACGACGACAGCAGCCAAGACGUCAUCGGCGGCGGCGGCAACGAUGCAGGAAACUAAAUUAUAUUCUGAUUCAACCAGUGAUUUUAUUAACGAACUUUUCGCCACACUCGAUAAUUUAGAAACAAAACUAUCGAUCCAAGACGACAACGAUUCGAUCAGCAUUGAUACAAUCAGCGAAAAUGUCGACAUCAAAUCCGAAUCAUCAACCAAUUCAACCGAUGGCAAAAUCAAAUUCAUUGGACAGAAUGGUCAAUUGCCAGACUAUAAAGUUGUUAAAGCCGUUCCAGUUAUUGUUUUAGAUAGCGACGGGCCGAAAGAGUCGAGAAACAUGUUUACAUGGGGUCGUCGAAUGAGUAAGAAAUUCGAGCUGUUGCGUCGCAAUGACAGUCGGAAGAUGCACGAGGAUGGAUCGGCAUCCGGUGAUCUGAAUGGUCGUAGUGUAUUUACGUUGAAAAAUAUGCCAAAGCCUGGCGAUGAACCGAGUCCGAUGGCAGCAACAGUAACAACAACAACACCGUCACCACCAUCAAACAGCAUCAAUAGCUAUUCGUUUAAGACGUUUUUCCAUCGCAUCGGAUCGACUGGAAUGCUUAGCCGCAGUAACCAAAGCAAUUCAAAGCAGUUGAAUGACACACGAACGUUAUACAGAAGCUCGUCAACUAGUCAACUAAAUACACCGUCGUAUGUAAAAGGUGAUGAUCCAACCGAUGGCAUUAAUUUGUGCAAUCGACCAAAAACGCACGAGACUAAAAUAAAGAGCGAGAAUAAACAUCAUCAUCAUCAUCAUCAUCAUCAUCUUCAUGUGAAUGACAAUUAUUUGAAUAAGAAUGCACCAGUGAAAGCUGCAAGUUAUGAUGACAUUGCACAUGUGGCUGCUAAUGAGCAAGCAUCAAAACGAUCAAAUUUCCCAUACGCAUUUUUGCGAUCAAAGCUAUCGGUGCUACCGGAAGAGAAUGGUGGCUCGGUAAUCAAUCAAAAGCGAAUACUUCGAGAGAUGCACAUGCUCGACAGCAGUUCCAUUGAUUUUAAAGCACAACCAGUGAUUGACGGUGAUGGUGACGGCGAUGACAACGACAACGAGAACAACAACAGUAAGCAACGACAUCAACAAUCAACCGAAGAUGUGGUUGAGAAUAAUAGUAAUACGGAACAUUCGACACCAAAUAAAAAUGGCACAUGUGAUGCGCAUCCGCAAUCACCACGAUUCACAUAUCAAAGAUUUAGCAAUUGCUUCAGUUCAAAUGAAUCUGGAUACGAUAGUGAUAACAGACACACCGAAGAGCACAACAACGGAACAAAAUCAACUACUCCCAAAGAGGAGUUCAGUGUGCGCCGAUUGAGCGCAAAAUUUACACCUCAACUUAGUAUACGCAAACGAUAUAAACAUGUGAAAUUACAACGAAAAUCACUGAACGAUGUGGUCGGCAUCGAGGUGAUAUCAAUGGAAAAUGACCUGGAAUGUCGGUAUAUUGUUUCAAAUUUAUCUGGAUUGGCUCAGGCCGAUGGGCGAAUUUGUGUCGGAGACGAGGUCCUCAACGUAAACUGCAUCGAUUUACGUGGAAUGAAAUCGUAUGAGAAGCACGGAGCCUAUGGAAAUGUUCAAGAGAUGCUGUCAACAUUUGUUGACGAUUCUGUAGAGCUUGUCAUUACACAUGACGAGCCAACUACAUGCGGCGAUAGACUGGACACCAAACUCAAAACAGAUUUGCAUAUCGGCUAUGAUUUAUCUACAAGAACAUCAGCUAAUUACAGCUGCAACGACACAAAUGGCACACAAUUUUCGGAGAAGCCACUGAUCGAUGUGGCGAUGCCGACUUUAAAUCGACCAAAGAAUGUUUGUAUGGCAUGGAACAACCGUGCAACCGAAUUGAAACCGCUUCAAAAUUUUGAAACCUAUGUACCGGUGUACGGCGAUAAAAAUAAAACCGCAAAUAACGAAGAGCGAUGGCGAAUUUUAGGUAAAAAACGAAUCGAUCUUUUAUCAAAAUAUGGCUAUUCAUCGCAUAGAGAAACAAAAGCAACUGAAACCUCGACCGCACAUGACAAUCAGUAUGCAACCGAAAAUAAGCAUAAGCACAUUAAAUUUGAUAAUUGUUACAUUUUGGGCGAAACAAAACUCACACCAUAUCAAAAUACUCAGCAAAUGCGGGAUGGUAAAACGCAAAAUCGCCACAGUUUUUGCGAAUACAAACCAUUUUCGGCGCGAAAAAUCGACUUUCCGAAAUUGAAAUUUUACACACCAAUGGACUAUAAAUCUAUUCACUUUAAUCAAGAUUUAAGCAAAAAUCCCGUCGAAAAAUCGAAACCGCUACAUACAUCGAUCGAAUCGGACACAUUGAUUGGAGAAAGUGUAUCGAACGUGGUCCAACAGCAUUCGCACAAACGAUUGACAACGAUUCAAUUACCAAACGAAUUGGAGGACAUGAGCAUCGGACCAUUUUGCGAUCAAAAAACGUUUAAAGAAAAAGAAACCGAAAACCAAAAAGAUCAUCAAAAGUUCAUAUUCUUCAAGGUGUACUUCCAAAAAGGUGUCGGAAUGAAGUCGCUUGGGUUUAGUAUCGUGGGCGGUCGUGAUUCACCCAAAGGUAGCAUCGGUAUUUUUGUUAAAACCAUUUUUAGUAGUGGUCAAGCGAGUGACAAUGGAAACCUCUUGGCUGGUGAUGAAAUACUGUCAUUGAAUAAUGAAUCGUUGAAAGGUGCCAGCCAUCUGGAUGUAAUUGCCAUGUUUAAAAAUAUCAAAGAGGGACCCGUGAUGCUGGACGUUAAGCGACGAAAAACAACGAUGCGUGCAAAGUCUUUGGACAGUGUACAAUGAAUCGUUUAUAGUUUCAACGAAGUUUCGAUUCAAAGAGGCGACUUCCGCGAUUCUUGCGGUAUAUAUAAGAAUUUGUAAAUAUCCUUCCGUUUGCAAAAUAGCAGCAAGCUAAAAAGAAGAAAUAUCCAGACUAAGCGCAACAAACAUUUUUUCGAGUGACAACAUAGAUGAUAAAAUACAGUAAAAUGUCUAUGCAUCUGCACAUGUGAAUGCAUAUUUUAUUAAAUAAUUUUGUGUAUGUCUGUGUCGUUUAAAUUGUAAACUUUGUAAAUACAUCAUUUUUGUUUGUUUGUUUCUUUCUUCAUUACUUUAAAAUACAAAUUUUUAUUUUUAUGAAUGUACUAAAUAGAACAGAAUUCGAUUCGUUAUAGGCCUACAAAGAUGUUAUUUAAAAAAUAAAAUACAAUCAAAACAUGAUGAACCAAUCAA